CAUCUUUGGAUUUAUCAAGAAGUCUGGACAGUCAUUUGGUCCCAUUUCUGAUCCGUGGUGUUUGAUGUGGCAGAACUAUGGACCAUCCUCUGGUGUGCGUUCUCAUCCUGGUGCUGCUCAACUUCAAUACAGAUGUCUCUGGCCAGGUGGUGGUUCCCUCGAUGAACCCCUUGGCUGUGGGCAGUAAUGUCACACUGAACCUAGUUCCCGAAAGCCCCAUCAACAUAGGGACCUGGUCAUAUGAAACUACAACCAUUGUACUUUUCUAUCCUGGUGGCAGUAUUGUGAGUACAAGUUAUCAAGGCAGAGUCUCAUUCAACCGCUCCUCCUCAGAGCUGUCCAUAAGCUCUCUCCAACUCAACGACUCAGGAUGAUAUACCGUCCAGGGAAUGCAUUCAGUCCUGAAAGCUGUGGUGACUUUGUCUGUAAAGGAGCCCAUUUCAAACGUGACUCUAAGAGCCAAUGCCACUGAUCUAGUGGAAUUAAACGACACUGCCAUUUUCACCUGCUCCGUCUCCUCUGGCACCUCCCUCUCCUACCGCUGGAUGAAUGGCAGCUCAGAGGUUGCAGCCAGUGACAGAGUUCGGCUUGGUGUUGGGAACAGCACUCUCUCCAUAGUCAGUGUGACACGAUACGAUGAAGGGCCGUUCAGAUGUGAGGUCAUCAAUGGAAUCAGCAAUGGCACCAGCCAGCCCAUUGGCCUCAAGGUUAGAUUUGGACCAGAGAGACCUGAUGUAACUAGUCCAGAUAUAGCAAUGACAGGACACAUCGUGACAUUCAACUGCUCGGCCUCCUCUCAGCCUCCCAGCCAGUUCAGCUGGUUCUUCAAUGGCUCCCAGAUGGCGACUGGCUCAGUGUAUAAGACUGGCCCACUGACCUUAGCCAGUCAUGGGGAGUACACCUGUGUGGCCUUCAACAACAUCACUUACAGAAACAGCACUGUCUCCAAGAUGCUCACUGUUGUUGCGCCAAUAACCUCAGUGUCCAUAAGCACCAGUGGAAACCAGGCGACAGAGGGUGACUCCUUUACAAUGACUUGCAAUAUUGUCGGUGAUCCUAGCUCCAUUCACUGGUGGAAAAACCACACGUCAGUGCGUCUAGAUAACAGAACACACGUCUCUUUCGACAACAGAACAUUGGCCUUCAACCCUGUACAGCAUUCAGACUAUGGAGAAUAUCAGUGUAUGGCCAGAAAUAGUGUGAGCAACAGAACUAGCACCCGCUACACACUCCUAGUGAAUUAUGGACCCAAGCAACCUGUGAUAGCUGGUGCACCCAUUGCCGAAACAGAACAAAGAGUGACAUUCAACUGCUCUGCCUCCUCUCAGCCUCCCAGCCAGUUCAGCUGGUUCUUCAAUGGCUCCCAGGUGGUGACUGGCUCAGUGUAUGAGACUGGCCCACUGACCUUACCCGGCCAUGGGGAGUACACCUGUAUGGCCUUCAACAACGUCACUGGCAGAAACAGCACUGUCUCCAAGAUGCUCACCAUCAUUGAGGCUAUAACAUCGGUGACGGUGAAACGAAACAAAUUACCAAUAGCAUCUGACAACCUAACCCUGACCUGUGACGUCACCGGGCACUAUGACACCAUCUACUGGAUGAAGGACAACCUGUCUCUGGUCCUGAACAACACCUUGAACUCUGACAUCACCAUCUCUAACAACUCUCUGCACUUCAGUCCAGUCAAGGUGUCUAACGAUGGAAACUAUCAGUGCGUCGCCACCAACCUCUUUGGUCCAAACACCAGCCCUAAAUACCAGCUACUUGUGAACUAUGGCCCUCUGAGUGUGAACAUCUCUGGCCCAGGAUUAGUGGUGAUUGGCUCAGUAAUUACUGCCAAUCUGAAGUGCUCAGCCGACUCCCGGCCGACCAGUGAGUACUGGUGGAAAUACAUCAACCAAUCAUUGCCGGUGACUGGUUCUUUGAUGGCUGUAGGUGUCUCCUUGAAAAAUGCAAAGAUAUACACCUGUGUGGCCAAGAACUGUCUAACUAACAUCUCAAUGUCCAAGACCAUUAGUCUGGAUGUUACUGGCCAUUCACCUGUCCCUCUAUUCCAGUCCAGAGGUGGUCUGAUGUUGAUGGGCCUUGUAGCUCUCUCUCUGCCUCUGAUCAACCACUGAGACCACCACAGUUUGCACACUGCACGUCUGUUGGUUGGCAGCCAAUCACUCCCUUCCCUCUACCCUCACUGACUCCCCUCGCAGAUCUGAAAAAGGACUGGAUAGAAAUAAGUGGUAUUGUCAAUACUGUAAUUGCCCCUUCUCUUGUCACCAUAGGGCUGGGUUUAGUAUGCUCAGCUCCUUUCCAAUGCUUUUAGAUUGUUAGGAAAGAGUCCACAAGAGGUCAGAUGGGAGGGAUCUAUCCCCUUAGAAUAGAACCCACCUCUACAGUGUGUUUUUAUGUCAAUCAUCUCUAUAAACUGAUAUUCUUUAAAAAAACAAAAAUCUUGAAAACUGGUCGACAAACAUGGUAAUUGAAGGGGCAAACAUCCACUGCUCAGCUGCACUGCCUAUUUAUGUUUGAAUUCAAUGUUCUUAGAUAUUCACUGCCUUUGUGACUGUGACUAUUGCCCUUUCUGUGUUCUGCGUUUGAUCAUGUUUGUAAACUCUGUAGUUCAAGUACAAAUUCAGGUUUAUUUACCAUAUAAAUACCUUAAAGGUAAAAUGUUUCAAAACGAUAUACAUUAAACUGGUGUUUAUG